AUGGCAAUGCCUACCCUUCCCAAGGAGCCUGUCGCCGCGCUUGUCGCCGAGUCUGACACCAAUGAGCUUGCAACUUUGGGCGUGUUUGGUGGUAUCACUGAUCUGAUUGAACUUCCUUUCAAGAUAGGUCGAACUCUCCUCAAGCCUCUCACAGAAAAGAAGUUUGCCACCUCUGAUGGGCGGCGCAUGAGCUUGUUGGGGCUCAUCACGGAGGAGAUGAAACGUCAAAUCGCGGAACGGGAGAGAACUGAGCGCGAGAGACUCGAGGCCGAGGGCGCUGAUGGAAACAAUUCCACUGAGCCUGGCACCGAGGGCGAGCCUGGCACCGAGGGCGAGCCUGCCACCGAGGGCGAGCCUGCCACCGAGGGCGAGCCGGCCACCGAGGGCGAGCCGGCCACCGAGGGCGAGCCGGCCACCGAGGGCGAGCCGGCCACCGAGGGCGAGCCGGCCACCGAGGGCGAGCCUGCCACCGAGGAUGGUGCUAAGGAUGACGCCGCUAUGGAAGCCUUGUUGUCCGUGUUCAAGGGGCUUUCAGAACAGAUUGAGAAGAACGACUCAACUUAG